GCCACAGCUAUUCCACGCUGCAUGUCAAGAUUGUGAAACUUUUUUUCCAUCUUUCCUUUAUAAAGUUCCUAAUCAGUUUUUGUAACUUUGUUUAUUCGCACUCCACAUAAAUUAAACUCAAAAUGGCAGCGUUGGCAGAAGCAAUGAAGGCCGGAAUUUGGUUUGAUCGUUCAAAAGUUGAAGCAGCUGAAGACAAAUACCAGGAAUAUCUUGUAAGGGGUUCGGGUGUUAAAAAGGUGGCAGGCUUUUCAAAGGCUGGAACACAAUCUUCUGGUGGUGAAGUAUCUCAAAAAAUAGCCGAAGCCCGAAAGAAAAUCCAGGACACAUUGAAAGAAAGUGGCUCCUCUUCAAAAUCGUCCUCCGAAGAUGUUGAAUCACUGAAGAAACAAGUCCAAGACCUGACCGGAAUAAUCACAAAUAUGAACAAGAAGUUUGAAAGUCUCGAGUCACGCCUCAGUGCCCUUGAAGGAAAAGGUUCGACCACAUCUUCCAAACCAGCGGAGGCUGCUGCUCAAAACGGAGUUGAAGAUUCAGAUGAUGAUUCGGACUCUGAUGUUGAUUUGUUUGGAUCAGAUGAGGAAGAGGGAGACAAUGAAGAAGCAGAAAGAUUAAAACAAGAGAGAAUUGAGGCUUACAAGGCAAAGAAGUCAAAGAAGCCGGCCCUUAUUGCAAAGUCCAACAUCAUCUUGGAU